GUCAACUCUGUUAACGCCCGCGUCCCAAUGAAUUCACACCUGACACUCAUUACGUGAAGAAUAAAUCAGAAAAAGAAAAAAGAGAAAGGCGGCUCCGCCCUAUAGUAGUCACUGGUAGCAACGGGAUGGGGCUCGACGCCGAGCUCUCCUGAGGGGAAGGGAAAGCAAGGUGAGGGAGGGGCUCCCCGCGUCCGCCGAGAAGUGAUUUAUCCGCAACUUCUCUCGAGAGGAGCAGGGCUGCGGGUCUCUUCACUGUACUACUGUCUUCCUGGCCUUCUCCCUGGCCCGCCUCCUUCGCCCUUCGGCGCUUGUUACAGGCCUGCUCUUUUUCGUCGGCCCCGCUUGUCCAGAAGGAGGAACAAUAAAGGAACUUUCGCUCCAUUUUUUUUUUCUUUCUCUGACGGAGAGGAAGGGGCAGGCGCUGGGUUGCCGCAACGCGCAUGCUCGACGCAGGCGCCAUUUUGGAAGGGCCGGAGAUUAACCAGCGGGAGCAGUGGCGGUGGCGACGGGUGGUGGAGCUGGGCCCGGCUCAGAGGCGGCGGUAGCGGCCUGGGGUUGGGCGGGUCGGUGGACCCCCUGCGGAGAUGGCUAACAUCGCAGUGCAGAGGAUUAAGCGGGAAUUCAAGGAGGUGCUGAAGAGCGAAGAGACGAGCAAAAAUCAAAUUAAGGUAGAUCUUGUAGAUGAAAAUUUUACAGAACUAAGAGGAGAAAUAGCAGGACCUCCGGACACACCAUAUGAAGGAGGAAGAUAUCAACUAGAAAUAAAAAUUCCAGAAACGUAUCCAUUUAACCCUCCUAAGGUGCGGUUUAUCACCAAAAUAUGGCAUCCUAAUAUUAGUUCAGUCACUGGGGCUAUUUGUUUGGAUAUCCUAAAAGAUCAAUGGGCUGCAGCAAUGACUCUAAGGACAGUGUUGUUAUCACUUCAAGCGCUCUUGGCAGCUGCAGAGCCUGAUGACCCGCAAGAUGCAGUAGUGGCAAAUCAGUAUAAACAAAAUCCAGAAAUGUUUAAACAGACAGCUCGACUUUGGGCCCACGUGUAUGCUGGAGCACCAGUUUCUAGUCCAGAAUACACCAAAAAGAUAGAAAACCUUUGUGCUAUGGGCUUUGAUAGGAAUGCAGUAAUAGUGGCCUUGUCAUCAAAAUCAUGGGAUGUAGAGACAGCAACAGAACUACUUCUGAGUAACUGAGCCAUGUGUAGAGAACUGCUUCUGUAGUCCAGCUUGCCCCUUCAUGAGGAGCAUCACCAUCUGUUAUUUUUAGGUUUCUAUAUAGAUUCUCUUUUAAAAACUGGCAUUCUUGCCUGAUGCUAUCUGGGCACUAUUGGAGACUGAAAAAACUGCUCUGUAAAUAAAGCUGAUUAAACGUCUGUGUAAAUUUAAAGAAAAAAGAGGGGGGAAAUACUUUAAUUUUUUCUUACUAAAUAUUGUAAAUUCCUUGAGCUUGGCUAAAACAAUGGGGACAACAUGCCUACUUUAGUAUUAGCAAUGUGACCAAGACUAGCAGGAAUUUGCAUCAGGAUUUUGACUUUACGAAUUUAUUCAGAACACCUGAUUGUGUCCGUAAUCAUCAGUUGUUGGUGUCACUCAUCCCAGCUACCUUACUGUUCUUUUUAACAUGGAUCCUAUGUGCCUGUGGACUGACCUUAUAUUUGCAUGCUUGUACUUUACAUAGACACUUUUUAAAAAGUAGGGUUAACUGAAUAGAGCACCAGCUGAAGUACUUGAGUGUUCAUUCUUGUAACUUUUCCCCUAAGACUUUCCAAAUGUGCUCACAAAUCAGAAUGAUGGCCUACUCAGAAGCAUUUUCAGCACCUAAUGAGUAGCAAUCCUACAUAAUCUUCCUUUACCCUAGGGCUCACUCAGCUGCACACACUACAGUGUCACACUGGGACCUCUCCAGAAUGUGUGGGUAUGUGCCAUUUAAAGUAGCCUAGUUUUCCACUUCAGGUGGUAUAUUUUGAAUAACCAGUAAAAGUGUUUCAACCAUUGUAAUUUCUACACAAUUGUAUAAAGGUUUGGUAUAUUUGGACAUAGCACAAACAAGUGGAGCUGCUCUUUUGUUUCUUAUGCAGAAGUCAAACCUCUUUCAAUAAAUUCUGGAUAGAACGAAUUCAUUGAGAAGAACUGGUUCUCUGUUAACCCCAAGAACGCCACCUCUUUCCUCUAGUAUUUGCUGUGAUGAAGUCAGUUUUUGGGGCAAUAGCUUCCUAUUACUUUAGCUAUAACUUUAGGUAGAGGUUGCUUAUGAUGAGUUUUUAAAAGUCCCUGUUGUGUGCAUUUUCCCCAGCUGAUACUUGGAAGUCUUGGGAUUAUUUUACUGUAUGUAUGAUAAAUGUUUCAGUUAAAACAGUUGUACAUAUAGUCAAUCUAUCCAUUCUGAGAGAUCAAGUCUCCUGAUUGUUAGUUUUGUAAUUCUGAGUCAUAUCUGUUGUAAUUCAUUAUAGAGUUGCUUCAGGAGUCUGAGCAAAUGCAGAAAUGCAAAUGCACAUUCUAAGAAUUUUGGAUUCUGUAAAGUUAACCCCACCCCAUUCUUUGGUACUGUAGAUAAGGAAAGUUUACAUCUGUCCAUGUUUUAAUUGAAGAACAGACAAUGGACUGCAUCACCAAAUUUGCUAAUCAUUUACGUUAUGUUAAGCAUCUGAUGCAAAGUAGAGAAUUAGAAGAGAUAGGCAUGACCUCAACGCAGAAUGAUUUUCUGCAACGUAUCAAAGCUGUAGUUUCAGAUUAUUAGGACACAGAUAGAAAAAGACAUUGUAGUUUGUAUCUGUGCAAUAUGGGACACUGAUCUCUUCAUAUCCUAUUUAUGCAUCCAUUGAUUAUGUGGUUUACCUUGCUGUCAUGUAAAUCACUUUCAGAUGCCAAAGGAAAUGUGAUUUUAUUGAUCUUUCCUUGAUAUUUAUUAUUUUUUUUUACAAACUGCUGCUGCUCAACAAAGUUUUUGUUAAAUAGUAGCCAGGGGCAGCAUAACCCUGGCCAUCUCCGUUUGUGUUUGUAUAUCUUAAAAAAAAAUGGUCUAUAUUUUAAUGAACAUCUACAACAUUGUUUACCCUGGUGGUAAUUGUGUAAAUGGCUGCUAGAAUACAUUUUCCUUGUUCUUUGCAACUUAUUAAAGGAAAGAACUUGGAUUGGCUAGAUGGAAUAAAACGUCUCCUGCCUUUCCAUCUAGAAUGAUAAUCUUUCUAGGGAAGCUUUCUAUGAUUGUGUCAAAUAAAAUUGAUAAAGCUUUGAACACAGGAGAAAAAGCUUAUGCUAAACAUAACUGUAUCUUUUAUCUUGGCUACACUGCACCCACUGCAAAAUUACUUUGUGUGUGCACAUACAUGCUCUAUGUGUGCAAAAUGAAUGUGCACAUGAAUGACUGUACAGGUGCUAAUUUCCCCUUUUAUGGUUCUAGUACAAUGGCAGUGAUUCUGCUGUUGCACUUGAAGAAGGCAGAGGAAGAAAGUGCUAUUCUAAAUAAAAUAAAAUCUAUAACAGAGGUGCAUGGUAACUGGUACUUUUACUUGCCAAAGGUAUGUAUGUAGUGAUUGGUAGGUAAUUGAAGUUAAUAGGUUUUAAAUUCUGUUGGGAUCAGUUUAACUCUUGAGUUAAGUAAUGGUCAACCAUUUAGUAGCUCUUAUUCUGCUGCUAGUUAGUUUUUAAAAAUUCCACUGAGGAACAUCUUUCUAGGAAUGGCUUGCGCUUCCAAUGGUAGAAGAGUGGAUGCCUGUUCUAUAUGCCGUGUUAUAUUCCACAUAGUUAUGUCCGUAAGUUGUAGAGCUGAUCCUAUAGUGAACAGAGGGGUUGGGCUAGGUGACCUUCACGGUUCCUUCCUAUUCUUUGAGUCUAUGAUAUGCAAAAUUCUGUUUCAGGGAAUUGUAAACAAUAGUAAAUAAGAUAGUAGAUGGUUAAAUACCACGGAUACUGAGGAGACAUAGAACCUGGUCUUGCAGAGACAAGAAAGAACUUUCUGAUUGGCAGAGACUUCAUCAGUUGUAAGAACCCUUUGUAAGUGCCAAAACAUUCCAUAUAUUUAAUGGAUUCUCCAGAUUCCUGGGGGGGGGGCAAAUUAAUAAUAAAGAAGCUGCAGUUAAAGGUGUUAACAUAGAUAGGGGUAGAAACCUUUUUCCAUUCCAGGUGGUCUGUGCUUUUGAAAUCUUAAGGCUUUUGAGGAACACUUAUAUUGAUCUCCGAUUUAAAUUUUCUAGUUAUGAAUUAAUUAUAUGUAAUAACUCUUUGCUUUAAUUAACUCUUUGCUUUAAAUAUAUUGGGGUGUAUUUGAGGUAUGAAACUGCAGUUUUUGCAUCAAAAACCAUCUGAUUGAUUAAAGGGAACAUUCCGUCUUCCAGUCAACCAGAUUUCUGCAAUGUGGAUAAACUAUGCAACACCUCUCCCCAAGUUAAAUAGAAAAAAAAUGUUCUGGACUGUACACAUCUGGGGGAGAUAGCAAUAUCAAGCCGUUUUGUCUCCUUUUAUCAUUUAAUGGCAGUAAUGACUUGGAACUUUUUCAAGCACAUUUUUCCUGCCUUUUCUCAGACCAGUUCUUACAAUGGAAAAUGGAUAAGACUUCACUGGCUGGAAGAGAGAUUUUUGUGAGUUUCAGGAACAAUCACCUUUGCCAAAUUUGAAUUUUAUUGGAUUAAUGCUGAUAGCUGUGUGUGGUAUUCACAAUACAUCAGCAUUAUUCUGUAGGGACCCAUAGGCAUUAUUAAUUGUAAAAAUUAGACGAAGGAGGGAGGCUAAGGAGUAGUUACUUCGGGUUUAAGAUUGGCCAAACACCCUGUAGGUAGUGAUUUUAAAGGAAUGCAAGGUGGUGUUGGAAGAGUGGUGUCAUUGUAAAAGGAGCCACUGUGCAUGGAGGACCCCUGUUGGAAGCAUUGAUUCGUUCACUCUGCUGCUUCAUCAGUACGUCCAAGUCUGCCACACAGCAGGCUUCUGCUCGUCCUGCUAUGUGCCUGGAAUACAACCCAGUCCAGCAGCAAGAAUAUGCUAUUCUUCCUCUUCCCAUGUUGUGCUUUUAAGAGCUUCAAGUGCCCUUACCUGCCUACUUACCUCUUGUUUUACUCUGAAUCCUUUCCAGAGAGAGAGAGAGGAAAGAAUUACGUCUGUUGUGGUCCUUUCUAGUUACCCAACUGUAAUGGCAUGGGAAGGAUCCACCUGCACUAUAGGCUGAAAUGUAGUCAUUCAAAGUUAUGCUGAAAAGAUCAAAAUACUGUAAGGGCCUUUUACUAAAUUUGCAGUGUUGUACACUAUACUGGUAACUAGGGAGGGCACCCCUAAAAAGUUGGUAAUGUUGAAGAUCCUUGCUGACCUAUUUGUUGUUUUCCAUCCUUAAAAAAAAA